CCAAAGCUAGGCCGGUCAGGAAUUUUUUGAGUUUCUUUUCUACUGAACCGACAACUUAUGUUCAAGAGCUUUUCAAUCUUGAGAGCCCCAUCAGAACAAUUUCUAUUGAGCCGCCCUCAGAGGUCCCUACAGAGGCUACUUCGGGUGAUGUGAUUCCAACCUCUCCCAAUAUUUUACCCGAACUGACCACUGUUAUUGAGGCACCUCCUUCUCCUCCAAUUGAACCAAUUCAAGAUUCUGUUGUACCUUCUGAAUUUGUGCCUGAUCCAGAAGUCGAGCCAGCCUCCAAAAAACGCAAAGCUUUGGAAUUUGAAGCUAGCCCUUCUGAACCA